AUGAACAUCAUCGCCAAGGUCAACCCCAAAGCAACUCUUCAACCAGACGAGCUUGAUGCCGCCUUGUUACGAUGGCUUCGCAUCAUACAAGGCCAGCACUACUCCACUGAGGUUUCCGCCCUCAGACAGAACCGGACUGUGUCACACCGGAGUCAAUUCACCAAGUUGAACCCCUUUCUUGAUGACAACGGAGUUUUGAGAGUUGGAGGUCGUUUGAAGCAUGCGGUGUUGUCACAGGACGAGCGACACCCCAUGAUCGCUCCACCGAAAUCAUGGUUGACUCAACUUCUGGUGAUUUCCUGCCACCGUCAGACGCUUCACGGAGGAGUCCAGCUCACUCUUGGAUUGCUUCGCCUCCGAUUUUGGAUUCCACAAGGUCGCGCCAUUGUCAAAAAAUUAAUCCAUCGAUGCGUCACGUGUGUCCGAUGGAGGGCCGCUGUUCCACGACCUCUAAUGAGCAGUCUUCCACGGGGAAGGAUAACACCUGCCCGCCCGUUUCUUCAGACCGGAGUCGAUUAUGCCGAGCCAAUUCUUAUCCGAACCAGUAAAGGACGAGGUCAUCGAGCACACAAAGGAUUCAUUGUCGUCUUCGUCUGUCUCAGCUCCAAGACAGUUCAUCUCGAGGUGACCUUAGAUUACACUUCGGAGGCGUUUCUGGCUGCAUUCGGCCGUUUCACCUCUUGUCGGGGUCUCUGCAGCGAAGUGUAUUCCGAUUGCGGCACUAACUUCGUCGGCGCAAGUCGAGAACUUCGGGAGAUGUUUCGCGCAUCAUCAGCCGAAGGCCGUCGCAUCGCUCAAAUCUGCUUCCGACUGCUUCCGACGGCAUUAAGUGGAAAUUUAAUCCACCUGCCGCUCCUCAUUUUGGUGGACUUUGGGAAACAGCAGUGA